AGAGCCCCAGCACGGUGAGGACUACCACUACUGGCCUUUGCCGUCUCAGCUCAGUGCCUGCACUGAUCGCUGAGGAUGUCCACUGAGAUGCUGAGCACUGAGGCAGUGCAGCCUCUGGAGCUUUCAGAAGACAUACUGGACAAGCUUGAUCCUCACUGCACUCACUCAGAUGACCUUUCAGACCAGUUCAUUAAGGACUGUGACCUCACAAAGAAGCCAAGAAAGGGGAAGAAUGUACAGGCCACUCUGAAUGUUGAGUCAGAUCAAAAGAAACCCAGAAGGAAAGAUACACCAGCAUUGCACAUCCCGCCUUUCAUACCAGGUGUGAUUUCAGAACACUUAAUUAAAAGAUAUGAUGUUCAAGAGAGAAUUCCAAAGAGCAAAACAGGCCCAGCUCUCCAUAGCACUGACGUGGAACAGAAAAGGCCAAGGAGAAAAGACACACCUGCCCUGCACAUGCCUCCCUUUGUUGCAGGUUUGACUCUGCUCGGGGAUGAGAGCGCCGGAGUGAUUAUGGAGGAUGAAGAAAUAGAUGGUGACAAGCUAGCUAUUUAAAAACAUCUCCCCUGAGAUUUUGUGUAAAUAGAUUACAUUGGUUCCCUAUGGUGAUCUAAAGGGAAAAAUAGAUUGGUCUCUGCUCUCAUUUUGUCCUAGUCAACUCUCAGAUUUAGAUACCUCCUCCCCAGGAGACCUAGUGCUCAGAUUGCUGGUCAGCUCUUUGUCUUUCCUCUCCAGUUGCUUUUUAGCCCCAUGUUCCAAACUUUCAAUUUUCUAUGCAAUGCAAAGGAAAGUGAUUUUUCCCCAGAAUAAGAGAGGUGAGACUUCAGUGUUCCAUAUCUGCAAGGAAAAAAACAUGGAUAAAAGUUGAGCGGAGGCAGUCCUGGCUUAGUGUCGAGGCAGUCUGAUUCAGUCAGCACCAAGCACUCAGGAGUCCAGCAGGGCCAAGGCUGCCAGUUAGACUGUGAGAACAUUUGGACUCUAACUCACAGAACGCUCUGACAAAAUGUUUUUUUCUUUCUUCCAUCCUACAUUGAGAGUCAAACUCUGGUCACAGUCUGAAGACCCUCAUUACAGAUGUUAUAAGGGUUCAAAAAGAGGAAGCCAGCUCACCAUUCUAUCGCAAAAGACAUCAGAGGCAGAGAAUGCUGGUCUAUGUAGGGGGUCUUAUACUUAAUUUUAUUGUUAAAAAUGAGAGUUCUUGACUAUAUAGGUUGUCUUGACAUUUAUGAAUUAUGCCGUAAGCAAGUCAUCCCUAACUGGAGGUUAAAAAAAAUACCAAUGAUUAUAAGGAAUUUAUUUUUUUAAAUCUAAUGUCAGUUGAAGGUUGUUCUGAUAUUUUCACCAUCUCACUUAUUUAGACUCCGAUACGUUUUCUUGUAUAAGAGGCAGUGCUGUCUAGUGAACACAGAUGUGCAUUCAGCUCCUGUGCAGGCUUUGAGUGCCCGUGGGGCCUUUGCAUCUGUACUUCAUCCACCAGACAGCAGACAGGGGGGAGGUGAGGAUUAAGAGGGAGAAAAGCAGAGGAUCUAGUGCUCAGAGCAAGGUGGGGAGCAUGGGGCAGUUCUGUUCAUACUGAGGUCCAGCUGUGUGUUAGCCUUUCUGUCUUUCUGUUCCUCUUACGAAGAUGUGGAAGAUGCAAUACUUUUCAGAAAUAAAGAUACUUCAGCACACA